AUGCAUCAAAAUCUGAAUGUUUCUUCGACAAUUCCGAUUGUGAAACAUGGUAAUGGAUUUCGAUCGGAAUGGGAAAAAAUGACCACUUUGGAGGUGUCUUCUGGGCAGCAUUCCUUUUGGCUUUUGGACUCUACAACUACUGUGCAAUCAAAAAACCACCACCACCACUUUCAUUCGAUGAAGCUCUCUGCGCUGAAGAAGAGGCUCUGA